AUGUCUGGAAUUAAACACGCAUCCAAUCAGAGCAUCAGACCUUUCGGAUCGAGCGAGGAAUAUCUUUAUGCAAUGAAAGAAGAUUUGGCCGAGUGGCUAAACGACUUGUACGGCGUCGGCUUGGAUGUGGACAACAUCAUGGAUGUCCUCGGGACAGGCGUUCUUCUGUGCGCCCACGCCAACAACGUAACGCGGGUAGCUGAAGACUUUGUUGGAAAGCACACAGGUGCGACACAGGUGCGGGUACCUGCGUCUGGAGUUACUUUUGUGAGCUCAGCCCAGCCCGCGACAUUUUUAGCACGGGAUAAUGUGUCGAAUUUUAUCAACUGGUGUCGGAAUCAGAUGAAUAUAAAAGAUGUUUUGAUGUUCGAGACAGAUGACCUCGUUCUAAGAAAAAAUGAGAAAAACUUCGUGCUGUGUCUACUAGAGGUGGCCCGGCGUGCCUCCCGCUUUGGCAUGGCCGCGCCCGUGCUUAUCCAGCUGGAGCGAGAGAUCGACGACGAGAUGCGCGAGGAGACCGACCUGGACGCGCGAGAGCCUGCGCAGCUCGCGCCUCAGAGGCGUUUGCUCAACACCCAGAACCUGGAUGAAAUGGUUCAGUAUCUGCUAUGUCGCUGCACUUGUCCUACCCAGUUUCCCAUGGUGAAGAUAUCAGAUGGAAAAUACAGAGUUGGAGACUCCAAUACUCUCAUAUUUGUGCGAAUCUUAAGAACUCAUGUGAUGGUGAGAGUUGGUGGAGGAUGGGACACCCUGGAGCACUAUCUCGACAAACAUGACCCUUGCCGCUGCACAUCUCUCGCCCAUAAGCUGGCACAUCGCCCCACCACUCCGAUCCAUGAGAUCAAAAUUAGGCCCAGCGGGCCUGACAGCCACAUCCCUCUGGUGUUGAGCCGAACCCAGUCCCCCCAGGAGCUUGUUAUCCAGGCCUCUUCUGCCCUCUGCAGGACCCAAAGUGCAAUGCCUUCACCCAGGCUUUCCCGCUCCCCAGACCUAGGGCCCCGAAACACCCUUUCCCCCAAUAAACUGAGAGAGAGGGCUUUCAGGCUGACCUGUUCUCAGAGCCAGGACGACUCAGCACUUAAGUCCAUUAGCAGGAGGGGCCGCGAAGCCACUCGGGCAUUUCCCACUCCGCGACUAACCAGCAGCCUUCCACGGCCAGCCCGCCCCUCCACCCCGGCACGGCCUGAGCGCUCCGUCAUGCCUCUCGUCUUCCAGAAGGCCCACAGCCAGACUUCUCUUCAAGGCCAGCAAAGCACAGACAACAGGCUGGCACAAACCUGGACCAAGUCACAGUUUGUCUCCAAGCUGAGACAAAAUGCCACAACUGGGGCAAAGAACAGCCAGGAGAUGCAGGGUGGUCCAGAGAAGCCAGCUUGUUCGGUAUGGGCUAGGCCUUUGCAGUGCAUCACUCCAGUUCAGUCUGUUGGUCUCAAUGCCAACAGAAUCAGUUCAGUAAAUCGCCAGCCCCCAAACAUUGGCUUUCAAGAGUCUGAGAGUAGUGGGAAUGCUAGUAAGAGCCCUGAUUUUAAUGGUACUUUUUGCCAUUUUAAUGGGCAUGAGCUAAUGGGCGUCAUAUCGGGGAAUGCACACACUAGGUGCCCUGCAGCAACUGAAAAAGGCCAGCCGGCAGGCUCUACACACCAUUACGCCCACAUUACAUCUGCGGUUGAUGGAAAUGAAAGAAACCUACAGAGAUCCUCCUCAAACAGCAACAGGAAGAAAUACCUGUGCCUUCCAGUGCACACUGUACCAAACUCUCCCAUCCAUGUAGGUAAACCAAACUCUACUGUCACUGCUUUUCAGCCAUCUUGGGGUGUCUCUGAAGUGGACGGAAGGGACAGAGAAGGGCAGUUGAAACGUAGCUACCUCUUCACUCCUCCUCCAAUCAGUCCAGCUCAAGAGGCCGUCCUAUACCAGAGCCUUGAAGAGGAGAUCCUGACCAAUCUACAACAGCUCAGCACAGACUCCGAUGACAGUGACUCUGAAAACGGCCAAUACAGUAGUGGCCCUGAGACAAAUGAAAUCCAGAAACCUGAUCAUAUGUCAUCUACCACAAACCAGAGACUCUGUCCCAGUGCAUCUUUUAGACCUGAGAAGGCCCAAAAGAGUAAGAGUCAGGCAUUCACCACUGAGUGUUCAAAUGGGAAGAUGCAGUAUGAGAUGGUGUUUACUGAAAGUUGGGUGAAUACUCUGUCCAGAGGUCUCAGUGCCAGGAAGCAAGAAAAUCACGCCAACGCUGACUCAAACCACUUGAGUCUUUCCCAUCUCUCUAAAGUCAGUUCAUAUUCUUCCAUCAUGGGUUCAAAAGAAUCCCCUGAACCUUCCAAGGUGUCAGAAGCCAACAGAGUGUUGGGGAUGGGUUUGAUCCAAGGCGCCACUUUACACUCGGGGACUGACAUGCCAGGAAAGGCUCAGGCCUUUGUUUAUAGUCAGAAGCGGUCCUUAAAGAAACCAGAACGAGUGCCUUCCAUCUACAAACUGAACCUGAGGCCUUGCAUACGUCCCAGGAGGGACCACAGAUCUGACAAGAAGCCUACAAGGAUCCCCAAACCAGUUUUCUAUAAGACACAUCAGUGCUCAGGAGAGGCCAUUCAGACCAAGAACACAGCAGACAGCACUGCGAUGUCUGACAUUCAGAAGGAACUCGAUAGUCCUCAUGGAACUUGCACCAGGAACAACCACCAGACUGCUCCCAGGUUCACGCCUACAUCCUCAUACACUAUAGAGUGCCGAGGGACAGGCCAGGAACCAGUGACUGUUCAGGACAGAGAAUCCUGGGUUUAACUGCUUGUCACAUUUUAACUCCCCUUAUACUUUGUGUCCUUUUUACUUACAUUUCAUAAUCUUGCCAGGCUAAACUCAGAAAGGGUGUAUAUAUCUAGCAAAGGCUGUUACAUGGCAACAAAAGUGCUUUUCUUAGGACAGUUCUGGCAUUUCGCUGAUGUUUUUAUCUAAAAUGACUUACAAUUAUGUCUGAAUACAACUUGAGCAAUUGAGGGUUAAGGGCCUUGCUCAGGGGCCCAACGGUGGCAACUUUCCAAAGGUGGGGCUUGAAAUGGCAACCUUCUGAUUACAAGUUGAGUACCAUAAGCACUGAGCUACCACUGCCCACUUUGCAGAGCUGACUGCUUUCAACACUGACAGCUCAUCGAUGCUUUACCUGUGCACAUCAUUUCAUGUUAUGAAGCCGUGUAUAAUGACUCUCAUUACUCAUCUCUUGAGUAAAGAUGAAGUUGUGACGAACAGUUCUUUUCUGACGUUUCUGACAUCUUUAGCCAUUAUAUUAACAGUAUGUGCCUGGGUAUGCCAGACCCAUUGAGGCACAUCAUUCAGGAGCGCUCUUUCCCAGGCACCACAGGCUGCAGAAGGUGAACUGCUUUAUUCUCUGCGCCUUAGGUUUAGACAAAUCUUUUUCUGUGAAGAUUCUGUCAAUUUUUACUUAACCUCCAAGCUUCAGAGUGACAUUUUUUCUUACAUGGGAAGAAACUGAACAAAAUCCGUUCGAAAUCCACCUUGUGUUCUCGGCCUCACUUGAGUUGAUGUGCUUUGCUGUUAACAAAACAGCUUCUCUCCCUAGGGACUAAUCCCAGAGCAGCAGGAGGGAGGUACAUAUACAGUAGUGCUGUACAGUGCUCCUUUACUGCACACGCUGGCAGUGCUAGGAGAGGAAUUUAGCCUGGCAGAGCACUAAAGAUGCACAAACACCCUGGCUGCGUUGCCAUUUGCCCAUCUGCCCAUCUUCCCUUUCAGAACCAGCCUACACAUAUGCACAUAGUUAGCACAGUACAACUUGUCUCUCUCUUAGUCCCAUUCAACAAACCUUAGGAGUUUUUAAGUAGAACAUUUGCAUGUUUCUUGUUUGUCCUCAAAUGAUCACGAGUCACUGCAUCUGACUCCCUAUUUCAUCACUGAAGUAUCCCCUGGGAUGUGCCCCUUAGCUGUUUUUUUGUUUUUUGUUUUAAUAACGUUUGCCAGUCACCUUGCACUGUAGUGGCUGCAGUUUGCAGUCUUUAUAAAUAACUCCUGGCACAAGUCUGGAGCUAUUUAUAGUCUCCUCAGAACUGCAGCGUGUCACACUACAGCAGCUGCGCCCCUGUGCAUCCCUGCAUCUCUCUCUGUCUCGUUCUGCAAUUUCUGUGGCGGCCCUCUGCUGAUUAUCUCUAGGGUAAGAAAUUGGACCGAUGUGGCAAAUUCUUCCCCCAUUCAAAACCACACUGAGUUUCUUCUCCCUGAACUUGCUAUAAUUAACAAUCAGGGCUUAGAGCUACUGUAUUACAAUGAUUACAAUGAUUUCAGUUUGAAAUACUUCACUCCAUGUUUUUUUUUUCCAGUUAACAUCCUUCUAAAAUGUAUUUGUUGUGUAUUGCAACCAUUGUACUAGAAAUCACUCAUUCUGAA